UUUUUAUAGCACUAUUCAGGCUGUCAGUGAGAUUUAUGGUGCAUACACACAUGUAAGUUACCAGUUUAUUAGGCACACUUAGUGUCUUUACUGAUGGGAAGGAAUUGGGGAGGACAAUAGGAAUAAAAACAAGCUUUAAACCAAAUCUCAUGGCCUUCAGCUAUGGAAUUAGCUCAGCUGUCAUUGUUAUCUGAGGCUGAAAGCUCCUGGAAACUCCCAGUAAGUGGACCUUGAGCUAACUGCUAUUGAAGCUGAGUGAUGCAACAUUAGUUUAACCACAUAAACUGGCGACAUACAUACAAAGUUUUUACCUUUUAUAUGAAGCUUAAGAGACAUUUUAAUCUUUUAAUCUGUAAAAUUAAAUUAAAUAACAUCUCCCACACCAGCCAUGAAACAAAAGGCUUAAAUAACUUUAAUUUUUUGGGACAUGGAGCCACAAACAUCUGGUGGCCACUCUCUAUUUCUGUGCACGGCUCAGAGAUCAAAGGUUGUUCAUUUGCAUUAAUUAACGCUAUACCUAGUUAAAUAUUACCUUUUCAGAGCCAAUCAAAGCGAUCGAGCAAAGAACGUGAAGAUGAGAGAUCAAAGCUGCCGCCAAUCGAUCGAUCCCCCCCCCACCAAUGCAGCAGUCUGAUGGGUCACCAUGUAAACCAAACCAGCUCCUGUCCGGGCCUCAUUACAGACUCAACCUCUGCAUGGAGACUGUUUAAUGGACGCUGCUGCUGCUGACCACUGUCUGUCUCCCUCCUUUAGUGCUUUAAAAUCACUCCAUCGGAUCACUCAUUUAAAUUAGAAAAAGAAAAAUCUCAUUACAUAAACAAGACGUAAUGCACUUGGUAUGUAAGUGUGUAAAAGAAAUAAAUAAAAAAAUCAAAUAACUGAUAGCUUUCUUUUGCCGGAGUAAUUUAUGGCGUCUCUGGCAUCGGUCCUAAAUGGGAUGUUUGAAUUUAUUAUUACAGCUUUGGACACGUUCCCAGGACGGUUUAAACAGAAUAGAGACUGAGCUUGUGUGUGUUCAUAUAACAGGAAAAAUGCGACUUAAAUUAAAAACUACAGCAGCUAUUUUUAGGGCCACGUUUUAAUUCAUUCCAGCGGCGGUGUUAACAGGACAUUUUCCUUAUCUAAAUACACUUAAAAUGAGCUUCACUGCCAAAAUAUUUCAGCUUUUCUCUGGCCUCUCAUUCAGUCACCUUCAUUUUUUAUUAUUUUUAUUUUUUUGUUCUGCUCUAAUUGCUUUAAAGAUGUAGAGGCAGUCGAGAUGUCUUAUCUUUAUCGCAGAGGCUAUUACCAUAUAUGAAAGUGAGCUUGCAUGAUCAGCACAAACGGCUGAGACAUAGAGAGAGCUGACAUUGUGUGCAGAAAUGCUAUGCAAGGGCGGUGUGUGUGUGUGUGUGUGUGUGUGUGUGUGUGUGAGCUGCAGAAAAGAAACACUGUCCACUCUGCUUCACCUCACUGGCAUGCAAAGCCACACCAUCACCAUCAGCAUCAUCCUAUAACGCGGGAGCCGCUUUUUCUCUGUGUGCGGGGAUUAUUCUAAUCUGGGGAGGUUUUUACGCACACAAACAAACACACACACACACACACACACAGAGAGAGAGAGGGAGAGGGAGAGAAAAAAGAAGGCCAGAAGCCCAGGGCUCUCUGGAAACCUGCCAUGUGACAUUUGGUUGCCAGCGCUCCGUCAGAAGGUCAAAGGGGGCCCCGGUGCACAUUUCAUGGAAAUGCAGAAAGCCAGUGCGACGCACAACGCCCAGCAGCACCACGACUUCUUCAGCGGGUCUCUGGAUGGUGUCGGUGCGUUUGGCUGCACCCGGCAAGCGGCCGCACACCAGCAAUUGGCGCAAGUGGCGACGUUUGAGCGCACGUUUCCCCGGAGGUCAAAACAGCAAAACCCCAAAUUUCCUAUGAGCAAAAAGAUUUUCCCCUGGAUGAAAGAGUCCAGACCCUCAGAGCAGAAACACGGCAGGAGAGUUACAGACUGCACCGUCAACGAGAGGUGUCCAAGCGCGACCCCGGCCUCCAAGAGGACGCGCACCGCGUACACGAGCGCGCAACUGGUGGAGCUGGAGAAGGAGUUCCACUUCAGCCGCUACCUGUGCAGACCGCGGCGGGUGGAGAUGGCCAGCCUGCUCAACCUCCAGGAGAGGCAGAUCAAGAUUUGGUUCCAGAACCGCAGGAUGAAGCAGAAGAAGGACGAGAGAUUGCAGGGCCUCACCACCACCACCACCUCCUCCUCCUCACCCCCGUCCUCCCCCUCCGCCCCGGGCAGCCCCACUCUGUCGAGCCUGGGUUAUGUCCAUCUGGGCGGGGAUUACCAGUCGGCCUCCCCUCGGCUCAAGUCCCAACAACACCAGACCCAGGCGGCGUACCCGGAGUACUCCAAGUAUCCGGCUCCAGGCUUCACGCACGGCCCACAGUUUAAUGUGCAGUACAACAGCGCGCACACAGACCCACAUGUGGAUCUGGACGGGUUAUAUUUCCCUCAGAGCUGCACUCAGGACAGAAUCAUGCAAGCUCCCAAACUGACUCAUCUGUAGCAGACAACAUGUGAAUCCCUUCGACUCUCCACAAAAAAAAAACUUUCCCGUUAAUUCAUAAAAGGACUUAACUGAUCUGUCUUGAUGCAUGACUAUUUCUUUUAUUAUUAUUGAUUGGACUAAUUGGUCUCAAGUCUUAUUUAUGCCUAUUUAUUCAUCUUGUGCAUUUUUUUUUUAUAUUUAUUGUUGUGUUAACUUUUACGCAUGGGCCACUUCUAAUCAAUUUGUUUCCAGGCAGUAAGGAAAAUGCUGUAGCUCAAAUUAAAAUGUUCGCUGUUGUUAUUUCAGCUACAUAAAUAAAACGCAAAUUUGUUGAGAUUUCCUCA